UGUGUGCGUGUGUGCAUGUGCGUGUGUGUAUAGGCGCGCGUGUGUGUGUGUGUGCGUCCUGCGUGCAGGUAUUUAUGGCUGGGAGGGAGAGAGGCAACUGGGUAGAAGACGCAGAGAACUUCACGGAAGAUGCGGGUGAUUCGAGUGCUGGCGAUGUCUCUCGUCACCCAGCUGGUGGCGUCAGGUGAGAGGCAUCGCAGAGGCUGGAAAGCGCCGUCCGUGUUCGUUGUUGAAAAUGAACCUGGUCCCUUCCCCGCGUACGUCACAACGUUUGAGUCAGACCAGGUUAAAGGUCGGACGGUGAACUACAAGCUCUCAGGCCCAGGGGCAGAUCAGCCGCCCGUGGGACGCUUCUCCAUCAAUGACAAGGGCGUAAUUCAAGUGUCUCAGGCUCUGGACAGAGAGGAGAUCGCCAUAUACAAGAUCUUCGUGCACGCGCUCAUCAACGGGGUCGAGGUGGAGAGCGCGGCAGAGAUGGCCGUGAGGGUUCACGACGACAACGACAACGCCCCCGACUUCGGCCCCGGGACCAUUCGAGGAUCGGUCACGGAGGGCAGUGCCCCUGGCUCCCUGGUGGCGAGGCUCUCGGCCUCGGACCGGGACGACCCCGGCACGGAGCACACGGCCGUCGUCUACCGCCUCGAGGCCCAGGAACCACCCCAGCCACCCGACGCCUUCUCCCUGGACCGGCUCACCGGGGAGGUCACAGCCAACGUGCGGCUCGACCGAGAGGCCGUGAGCGAGUUCCGGCUGACGGUGGUGGCCACGGACUGCAACGGGGCCCCCAGCGGACUGAGUGGCACGGGGACCCUGGCGGUGCGCGUCGUGGACGUGAACGACAACGCGCCGACGUUCGUCACCACCACGGUGUUGGCGAGCGUCGCCGAGAACGAGCUGGCGGACCCGCUCGUCUUCCUCUUCGUCUGGGACCGUGACGAGGUGGGCACCGACGGCUGGCGUGCCGUCUACUCCAUCGUGGGGGGAGACGAUGGGGCGAGCUUCGGCGUCCGCACGGACCACAACAGCAACGCCGCCGUGGUCUCCGUAGUCAAGCCGCUGGACUACGAGCGACAGAGCUCGCUGGAGCUGCUCGUCGCCGUGGCUAACCGGGCCCCUCUGGCGACGGCGGCGGGGCAGCCCGCGGCCUCCACGGCCACGGUGCUGCUGGGCGUGCGGGACGCGCCCGAGGGGGCCGCGUUCGAGCCGCCGCUCUUGGUGCUGAGCGCGCGGGAGGAGGCGGCCCCUGGCAGCGCCCUGGGGGAGUUCCGAGCGCGGGACCCCGACUCGCAACAUCAUGGCGGAGAGAUCCGCUACGUUCUGGGAGACGACCCCGCGGCCUGGAUCCAGGUGGACCCCCGCACGGCCGUCAUCUCCACGGUCGGCGCCAUCGAUCGUGAGUCGCCCCUCGUCCACAACGGCCUCUACACCUUCACCGUGCUCGCCCUGCAGGACGGACCCCCUCCCCGCACGGCCACGGGCACCGUCGAGCUCCACAUCCUGGACGUGAACGACCACGCCCCGGUGCUCACGGGGGCCCUGCGGCGUGCGGGGCCCUCCCUGCCACGCCUCUGCCUGGGCCGCCCCUCCGAGAGCCUCCCCCUCACGGCCUCCGAUGCCGACUCGCCCGCCCACGGGCCCCCCUUCGCCUUCUCCCUGGUCGACGAGCCCCCCGGCACCGCCGCGCUCUGGGAGGUCGUGACCCUCAACGAAACGAGCGCACGACUGCAGGCCCGCGUCAACGCCUACGGCGGCGGGGGCCCUCCGCUCGGGGUUCACCGCCUCUCCGUGAUGCUCGCGGACCGGGGCGGCCACGGGGAGGCGAGGAGCGUGGCUGUGCGCGUGUGCCGCUGUUGGGCGGGGGCGCCCCCCGGAUACCACGGCGAGGAGGAGGAGGAGACGUGCUUCCCCGAUAACGUCCGGCGGCCGGGGCUGGGGGCCGGCGCCACCGCAGCCAUCAUCAUCUCUCUGCUCGUCGUGGCACUCGUAGGCCUCGUCGCCUUCCUGCUCCCUCGCCCCAAGAGGCGGCUGCUGGUUUUUCACGACGGUGUCCCGCGCGGAUCUCUCGUCCGGUACAACGACGAGGGCGGCAGGGAGGAGGACAAGAUUCCAAUGCCACCAUCCCCGAUGAGCAUCACGAUGGAACUGAUCUCCUCGGAUCCCAUCGUCAACAGCCCCACGCUGUCCAGCCCGAGCUGGUCCAUCACAAACGCCUCGGUGCCCCUCAUGCCGGAGUAGGGCGAGGUGCAAGACGCACGCAGACACGCACGCAGACACGCACGCCAAGCACGCGAAAGGAUAAAGACAAAGGUUCCCCCUCCACCCCGUAUAGCCUCAACGAGCUGUUGGGGCAAGUGCUGCUAUUAG